GAUAUUAUUGAAAACGCUACAAAUAUUAAUUUGGUACAUACGUUCAAUGAUACAUCAAUGUUCUAAUUCCGUACAGUGAGUUAAAAGUUGUUAAAGUUUCGAGUGCGGUGGUUUCGCGCUAGAUUCUUUUUUAAAUAACUGAAAACGUUUUCAUAAGCAGUAUUUAAAUCUAGUCUAGGACCCAGUUAAAUAAGCAACGAAGCUGCAGUUGUAUCAGUGAACGAUGCUAGCGCCGAUGCACGAAAGCAGCUAAAAAUAGUCGGGGUUUGCGCGCUCGUGUCUGCCCGCAGCCGGCCCGCGUUUCUCCCUACACUAUUUCUGUCUUAUAGAAAAGCAAUAAGAUAUUCUACAUGCUAAAGAAUACCAGUGGACGGUUUCCUUGUAGAUAAUGAGAAAAGUGCGUAAAAAGAAGCCGGUUGUCGCGAGGCGACAGUGACUGAUGGUGUUAUUAUAGUGUUUACGAAGUAAUCAUUGUGCCUGAAUUGCAACGCAUUCGCUAUAAGCAUGGCGCUUGUAAUGUUACCUUGUGAUCUUCCCUGGUGGACGUCGGUGCAGCGUCAUUUGAAGCACCUGCUGCUGGCAUCGUCGCCGGCAAAACUUACAGCCAGCAUGUUGAAAAUACAUGACAUGUGCAACAUAGGUAUAGAUCCGGACGACGACAUCAAGGACCCGGAGCUCAUGAAGGGACUGGAGGUGUUCCUAGAGGAAGAGAUGACGGAGGACGAGCGGAGGCACUUCCUCGACAACACUAUUAGGAUCAUGGUGAACAAGGCGCUGCACCUCAAGCGCUGGCGGCCGCCCAAAGGACUCAUGUUUAGUUUACAGCAACAAAGUGACGUAACAGAACUGGAGUACAACUUUGUGUCAGCGUUGGUGGCGCACGCCUUCUUCUCCACGAACCCCAAGAGGACGCUCAAAACACACCCUACACUUCAAGACUUCAACUUUACACAUUUUUUUAAGAAUUUACACAGAAAAUCACAGAGGAACAAAUUAAAAAGCUUGCUCCACUACUUCGAAUGGUUAGAUAAGAGUAGCAACGAGGGAUCCAUUAAAUUAAGCAGACAGGUGAUGACCUCAAAACAGUGGUUGACAAUAGAGGACUGGUUAGAAUGCACGCUGCCCCUAUGCAAGCUACAAGUGAGGCACGAGGGUCGUCCGGAGAGAUGUGAAAACGACGAGGCCAUCAGAGUCUGCUUCGCUUCCAGUCGAGUUGGUGGGGACACGCUUAUUGAUGGAGAUUCACAGGAGUCCCUAUCAAUGUUCAUGAUGCCGGAGUUACUGCCGGCCAUGCUAUCGGUAGAAGCUUUAGAAGAUAACGAGGUGCUCAAGGUGGAAGGCGUGCGACUCUUCAGCAGGAUCUGCGACAAGAGACAGAAGACCAAAGUGGAACUGCUGGAGGAACCUAAGACGGUGACUGUAUGCCUAAUGGACGCAGAAGACUAUAGCAAGCUGCCUUUAAGCCAAUGGGAGGAAGACAACGUUUUACGAGAGCUCAACAAGUGUCUACUAGCCUUCCAACAGACGCCUAUGAAAAGCAGAGAUGGCAACCGCCAUGAGAGGAGGCUUUCACCAAUAGGAGAGUCGUUCAGCCACACGCCACCUGAAGUAGAAGCGACGGUAGUCAUAAAGCAGGCCUCCUCAUGCAGCACGUUAAACAGCUACAACAGUCGCAGUCCUUCACCACAGAACUACUGCGCGGCCACGCUCAACCUUAACGAUCCUAGCGCAGAGUUCACAAAGAAGAAAUGCUGGCUGUCUCCCGACGGGGGCAUGUUGAACAACCGCAGAGGUCGGUUCAUAGUGCUCGGUUCCUCAGGCGAAUGCUUGCCAGUGACCAGGUCUACGGGAGGCAUACAGGAUGGGCAAGAAGACAGUUUGUACUCCAGUUGUAACUCCAGCGAUGAUGAGUACCAUAGUGCCAAUGAUAGCUUUGAUUACGGAAGCGAAGACGAAGGUCGAGGCGAGAGCGCUCGUCCCAACUCGUUUCAGUACCUCAAGGAGUUAUCUACUGAAGAAAGACGACUAAGCUUCGCUGACCGGCUGCGGGAAGCGUUGCGGAGAGAGGCCGAACAUUCUACCACCACCAGCACCGGAGACUGGUCUACUGAUAGCUCUAGUUAUGCUGUGGGCAUCAGUAUAUCUGGGGCAGAGGUGCAGGACAAUGAUAUCAGGGUAAAACGCGGCGGUUCAGUAGGAUUCGUGCUGACAGAGAAAGAGACUGUAAGCAACGGAGACCCUUCGCCGAGACACCGACCGAUAGGCAGGAAGGAAACUGGCAACAGUUCCAAGUAUAGCUUCAGCACUGAAUAUACUUCGGAGUUAGAAGAAGUGUACGAGCAAUUCAACCAGUGGCUCAACGACCCCAUCGUCGACUCAGAAUCGGGCGAACACAAAAAUCGAGAGUUAGACUCUCGAGACUUGGCUGUGAUUAGGUUCGCGGGGUCGUUGCUGAAGCGCACUCUGUCGGAGUCGCUGGCGGUGGGCGGCGCGGGCGGCGGCGCGGACGCGGCCGAGCUGUACGGGCGCGAGCCGCGGGCGCUGCCGCCGCGCCCGCUGGCCCUGGCCGCGCGGUCCCUGUCCCUCGAGCUCGCCAGGCACAAGCACCGCCUCGCCGCGCAUCUCAAACGUAAAGUUAAAGAAUCUAUACCGGAGGAGAUAAUAGAGGGCACGCGAGCGAUCGACACGACACACUGCGACGACGUCAAAUGUACGGACAAGUCGACUGAGACGGGCUCCGUACCGCCCAACCCAAGUCUCAGGAAGAAAAAGUUGAACUGGAUGAUAAACAUGAUCGUAGAAACUAUCGAAGAGACCGUCGAAUGCGAACCGGUCACUGUAAAACUAAAGAAACCGAAGGUCAGGCGUGCACCCGGCUGUCGCUAACUCUAAACACUAGUAUCUACUAACAUAACAUGAUUAUAAUCGUCUUUGCUUUCUGUCGAAACAUAUACUUCUGUGGUGUUGCAUGUAAUAAUCGAGGCUAAAUCAAACUUCGGCCAAACUGCAUCUUGUGUCUCAUAAUUUGAUCAGCUCAGGUUUGUUGGUCGAAAAACUUUGAACGCAGGAGGCGCGGUUGAGUAAGCUCGAAACGCACUGUGUUAAAGAAAUUUUCACCUCCUCUUCGUAUACAUUCGUCUCAUCUGUAAACGCUAAUAUAAAAUUUUAUGUAAACCUAUUUAAUAUUUCCGUUGUGUUCAGUGUCCCUCCGAUUGACAUAUUAAAUACAGCAAGCUAAAACCUAUUCAUGCAUAACGAUUUGGUAGCACUGAAAACGCACUACGGAAGCUAUUGCUAAUCGCUUGAAAGUAUAAUGUAUUAAGUACUUUAUCCAUUAUUUAUUAUUAGAUAUCCGUAUAUUCUAGACAUGUAUUAUUUUGGUGUAAUUCAAUAUACCUUUAUUAGCCGUAUCAGAUUCUUUACACAAAAAAAAGACAUUACUCACCUACUAAGUAGGUAGGUACCGACUUGUAUAUUUUGUGCGAAGUUCAAUUUCGAUAAUUCGAUUGUGGCGUAACAGAUUACAGAGUAACAGAGAUAUAAGUUACUGGUACUUAUUUGACACGAGCUGCAAUUCAAUCGUAAGAAUCUGGUUAGGCUGUGAGUAGUAAAGUUUGGGGAUGUAGAGUGAAGUUGAUCGC